UCAUCGCCGUGGGAUUGGAGUGCGUUUCAAGUUUAACACCGCACACUUUACUUACUAAUUUGAAGCCAAAAUGUUUAACAUUGACUUACUGUCAGACCGUGUCGCUAAGGCGAGUCUGCAGAGGCGUCGUAACAAAGAGACUGAAAGACGAGAGAGGAUUUUUAACGACAAAGAGAGGACUAUAGGGGUUGACAAGGAAGCAUUAAACAUGCAAAUGAAAGAAAGGGAGAAAAGAGAAAGGGCUGAAAAAGAGGAACAAAAAGCUUAUGAUGCUGAUAUGCUCCAUAACAGCAAAGUAGCUUGCCUCCUCCACAACAGACAAGAGAAGGAGAAGCGUGUAAUGGAAAAGGCCAUUGUAAACUUCCGGCAUCAGUACCAGCAGCCUUGGACUCAGCGGGAGUUUGACCUGAACGAUCCAGACCGCUGUAGGAAAACAGACCCAGGUGAAGCACAGAUGAUCCUUCCUGGCCUGGUGGGCGAGGACCCGGGCAGUGAGAGCAGGCGGCAGAGACAGAGGGAGCAGCUCAGAGAGUGGCUCGUCCAGCAGCAGAGCGAGAGAGCAGCAGAAAGGCAACAACAAAAGCUGGAGGAGGAGCAAUAUGACCAAAGCAGAGAAGACAUGGACAGCAAAGCUCUGCAGCUUCAGAGUAUUGAGAUGGAGAGGAGAAAAGCAGCAACUAUAGCCACUAAAGAGUACAAUCUGGCCAAGAUUGAAGAGAAGCGUCGUCAGGAAGGAGAACAGAUGACAAGUGCAGAUGUCGAGCCCACCCUGGGCAUGGUGGGAGUGCCCGGUCUUUGUCCCAGCAGUGAUAGGAGAACCCCUCCGGAGAGUCUGCAGCAGGUCGUCCAGUUCCAGAAACAUCAGAUAGAGGAGAGAAAGAGGAUAGAACUAGAGAAAAAGCAAGAAGAGGAGCAAUAUGAUCGCGUCCGCCUGGCCUCAGCUCGCACAGCUCUGCUGAUAGAGCGGCAGCAGGCGAGACUGAACAAGCAGCUGAGACGACACCUGGACAGCACCAACAUCAAGCUGGCCGAGACACACAAACAGCAGAAGCCCGACAUUGAGAGAGGAGGCAUCGACAACAGCUUCUUCUCCAAAUUCAACACCUGCAGCAGAUGAUGGAUGGAUGGACGACUGGCUCAUUACAGUGGAUAAUUAUAGAUAAUGGUGCUACACGAGAAGAACGCUGAA